GAGGGAGAUCACAUCAAAGCCGCGGCCGAGGCUGUGCGAUUCGAGGCCGAGAAUGAGCUCAAUGCUUAUAAGAAGACAUCUCAAGAGCGGCAAGAAGCAUUGGAGGCGACUCACAACCAAAAGAUGGAGCUUGUUGAGGGGAAUAUGGCUUUAACGAGGGAGACGCUGGAUAAAGCGACUACUGAGCUCCAGACAACGCUAGAAACAAUCAGCCGUCUUUCGGAUGAGCUUGAAGAAGCAAAGCGUUUGCACGAAAAAGAGAUUGGAAAGGAACGGAUUGAAAGAAAGAGCGAGGUAGAGGCUCUUUUGCAAAAGCACGAGGCUGAACUUCGGGCCCGGAUUGAACGUCAAGAGGAAGAGCAAAUGAAGCAAGAGGCUUCACACGAAGACCUGAUGGAUCAACUUCGAGCUUAUUACAAAGACGAGAUCAGUCGGCUGAAGGUAGAGAACGAAGAGAAGGUGUCUACGCUUCAACAAAACUAUCAUGCAUUGCAAUACGACUUGACUACCGAAAAACUAGCCAUUCAGAACAGGCUGACUGUUGUUUACAAGGAAAGGGAAGCUCUAGCAAAAGAGACGGCCAUGCUGAAAGGAAGCCUCAGAGAGGCCAAUUCCUUGAUUGAGAACGCUCAUGCGGAGCAUCUCCAGGAUUGCAGACGAGGUCUAGUUUGGAAGACGACAUCCAAGUCCUGAAGGAAGACAAC